UGAAAACCUGUUAGUUUUAAUUUUGUAUAGUUUUAAUUUACAUCCUUACCUUCUUAACGCCAAGAGUCUACUGAAUUAUUAUGAGCUGAUAGAACGUUGAAGCUUAAGUCAUCACUUCAUCAAGUUUUUAAGAAGUUGGACAUUUUAAACAUUUUCGUAAAAUAUUUUUCGGAACUGGUUCAGGUCCACGACACCGCAGGACGGUUUCUCGGAUGAUAUUUUACUUGUCCUAAUUUUACUGAAGCUAGACGGUGAGGAGAUUCUUAUUUUUUAUUAGUAUUAGUAUUAGUAAGUAUGUAUUAGUAAUUACUAACUUUUACUAAGUCAUUAGUAUUCAGUAGUAGUAGUAGGGCAGUCUAUAUUUUUUUUUUAAAGUUGAAAUGCUUGUACUUGUGUUUUCUUAAUUUACUAAAUUUAGUAUUUAGCCCCUACAUUUGGCCUAAUGCCUAGUCACUAAUGAUAGUGAUACUUCUGAUAGUGAUACCGAGGUAGCCAUUGAUUAAUAAAAAAAAUGCCAUCAGCAUAGAAUCAUAGACUUCUGAAAUAUAUAUAAUAGAAAUUUUAAACAUUGAAUCAUUGCCUUUGACAAUUGACAAAAUUGUUAAAAAUGGACUCAGACUGUCAUUCAUAUAAAUAUUAGAGUUCUAAUUAAUAAAUAAUUAGUUAAUUAGCCAAAUGAAAAUUUUUUGUGUUGGCCUAAAUAAAUGUUACUCUAAAACUAAAAUUAGUAAAAAAGGCAACAAAAAAAAAUUAGAAUAAAUGUAAUCGUGAGUAGCUCUCAGUUACUAAUAAGUCAAAUUAAAACAGGUGCGGGGCAAUGCCCCAAUGGUCAAUUUUCAUUAAUUUAGGCCUCUGUGUCAUGUGCAGGGGCGUAGCGAUGGGGGGGGGGCAGGGGGGUGACAGAUGUCCCCAGGCGCAAGCCAGUUAGGGGCGCCAAAAUGUGAUUUGAUAAUAUAUUAUUGGUAAAAAUAAUGGGUUUGAGAGUUGAAAAAAAGAAAAGGGGACGCUUUAAAAUUGAUCUUGUCCCCAGGGCACGAAUCUUGUCCCCGGGCGCCAAACACCCUCGCUACGCCUCUGUCACUGCGUGGUGUAACUUUUAACUAGUGUGGUAGAGGUGUAAGCCAGUGACUGUGCCGGGUAAUGUCGUGGAUGUGGUGACAGAGUGUAGUCACAUGCAGUGGUGUAGCUAGAGGGGUGCGGAACGCACAGGGUGACACCAUCUCAGGGGUGAAACCAAAUUAAAAUUUUGCAUGUUUACAGAGCACAUACUGCUCAGUCUAACCGAAUUUCAUAAAAGUAAAAGGAUAACCAAUCACACGUUAAUUUUCCACACGUCACAUGUGACCAAUCUAAAUGUGUGCUUUGUUCAAGUUUGAAAUGAGGUGACCCUAUAAUUUAUAAUUAGGUCAGAAAAACACAGUUUUAAUCAUGAUUCAACAGCGAUUGAAGUGUUCUAAGUACAUGAAUAAGUAAAAAUUAAAAUCAUUAAAACAUGACUUUUUACCCAUUGAUAGGCUUAACGAAAUAAUAUUUUUCCAAAUUUUUAAAUAUAUUUUAAUAAUUAAUUAAAAUAAAUUUAAAUUUUGUUAAAAAAGGUAUUUGAAACCAAAUAUAUCAAAACCCAGAAAUACUCAAUAAUAAAUAUCUUCACUGAUUCAUCACUAGCACCGCCCCUUAACAUUUGAGCACAAUUUUCAUCAUACAGCACAAGGUCUUUUACAUGUUGUCUGUUAUUUCAUGUUUAUCUGCUACCUUUAUCUUUGGGCUGAUCUACUUGAGCAAGUUAAUCUUGCACAUCAGCAUCUGCAUACUAAAGGCUUUACUCUUUACAAAGUGUUGAAGAACCUAGAUGCCUUAAGAUUGUUUCUGCACAAGAAGCGCUGUCUCUUGGUGGAACAUGCUAUUGAAAUGGCACUUUUAAAAUCAUACCAAUGUGGUAUUUCGAUGGAGAGAAGAUUAAGGUAUAAAAAGAGGAUUGCAGGAGAACUAUUUACGAUCCACCAUGGGACAGUCAUGGCUUUCUGAUCUGGCUCUACUAUCAAUUGAAGGUGAUAUUGUGAAGGAUAUUGAUUUUGAUCAAGUGAUUAACAGGUAUGCAACUUUAAAGACCUGGAAAAGAACAUUUUAAAUAAAGUAAAUUCAAUGUAAAAAUAAAUAUAACAUAACGCUGUUACAGUUCUUAAAUACAUUUAAGAUAAAAUAAGAUUCUUUUAUUGAUCCAAACAAAUGGAAAUGUUUUUGAUUCCAUUGCACAUUUUCAGCACAUUAUUAAAACAAUUUAAAUGUAAGAAUCAACAUUAAAUUAUUUCACCAGUGAAAAAAAACAGCCAUUCAGUGAAUUCUCUUAGCAAUAUCAGGGACUUAUUAAUUCUCAUUAAGAUUUGUGACUUCAGAGGGAGCAUACUGGUAAAUUCUUACAGAUUGGGGAACAAAGAAUUUUUAUAUCUUUCAGUCCUUUCAGAGAGAAAGAAUUCGUCUCAAUCAGGCGGAUCCUAAGUAUCAGUGAUGAAGAGGGUGUGAUGUAUCAUCCAAAAUUUGUUUAAACCUGCAGUUAAUUUAUUUUUGUUCUUUUCAUUGUUAUACUGUUGACUUAUUUUACUUAAUUACUUGUGCUUUUUACCCCAUCUGGGACAUAGGCAGACUAGAAGACUUUUCCAUUCAUCUCAGUCAUUUGCUUUCUUUUCCAGUAAUGUUGUUUCCAGGUGUAUCCCAUAAUUUGUGUGUCUGCCUCUAGCUCAAAUCCCCGUGUAUUCUUAGGCUUUCCUCUCUUUCUUUUUCCCUGUGGAUUCCAUGUUAGGGAUUGUCUGGUGAUGCUAUCUGUGGUUUUUCGGAUAGUGUGGCUUUUUACCUCCAUCUUUUCCUAAUGAUGCCAUCAUCAAAAUUGGCUUCUGGUAUGUUCUUUACAGUAAGUCUUUGUUGGUUAUCGUAUUUGGCCAUUUGAUGUCUAGGAUCUUUUUAAGGCAAGUGUUUUGAAGGUCUGUACUGUCUGCGAAAUGCUCGCUGUUGUUCAAGUUUCGGCUCCAUAGAGUAGGACUUUUUUGAAAUUUAUGUUGAAAAUUCUGACUUUGGUUUGAAGAGUCAGCUCCUUUCACUCCAAUAUUUCGUUCAUUAAUAGCACAAAUCGUGACCUAGCCUUUCUAAUUUUAGCCCUGACAUCCGCUUCGGAUCCAUCAUUUAUGUCCAUGGUGCUGCCUUAGUAUGUGAAGGCCUCCACUUAUUCCAGUGCAUUUCUUGCCAGAGAGGUAUGCUCUUGGUUGGCUGAGUUUACCUUCAUGAUCUUUGUAUUUUUUUUAAAUUUAUACAGACUCCAAACUGUGCUGAAAUGGUGGCUACAUAUUUAGUCUUUUCCUACAUUUGUUGUUAGUUUUGGGACAGAAGUGUAAUGUCAGAGGUUAUUCACUGUAUCCAGUUCCUUUUUUUGUCUGUGAAUUUUUUUUAUUAUUCAGUCGAUGGCAAGGAUGAUUAGGAAGGGGGACAAGAGACAUCCUAGUCUGACUCCUGUUUUCACUUUAACGGCAUCUGUGAGUCCAUCUUCAUGUACCAGCCUGAAUGCCAUUUCUUCUAAAGAGCUCUGAAUGAUCCUGAUUAGUUUUCCUGGUACCCAUCUGUGUAUAAUCUGUUUUAGUGGAAGCCAGUAUGUUGAUCUCUUAGCUACUUAGCUACAAGUCGACCUGGUCCUUCAGUUAAUUUGUUUUUGUUCGUGUCAUUGUUAUACCGUGGACUUAUUUUACCAAGAAGAAAUUCAUUGUUGAAGUCGGGGGGAGUGGGUGACACCAUGAGUUUACAGCACCAGCUGACACCAACCUUAGCUACACCAAUGGUCACAUGGCUGUCAUGACAUUAAUAUAGCCUACAUAAUACAUAUUUUUACGGUAUUAUAUAUGUGUGUUUGGGGGAAAAAGGCAUACCCAUUCCCAGAACGAAUAGAGGAAGUAAUUUUGAUUUAGGCCUAAAUUCAAUUAAAUCUUACCCAAAGCACUAGUAUUGAUAGCCUCUAACUCUAAUUAUGAAUUAAAUAUUCAUGUUUAAAACUAGAAGAUGACGGCUUAGGCCUAUGUUAAUGUUAGUACUCAAAUAACUUACCAAGUCAAGUUAAAUCUUGAAGAAAAAAAAAUUAAUAGCGGUAAUAGGUUUAUUUCCAUAGAAUAUUUAUUUUUAUAAUAUGAAAAUGCAAGCAUUUUUGUUGGCAUGACAUUAUUUGUAAUUGUAAUAAUACCAUAGUUGUUAUAAUUUAAUUACAGGUAUAAUGGGCCUAUAUUUAUUUUAAUAUUUACAUUUUAGCUACAAAAAUGACAUAAUGAAUCUAUGUCACUAGUCACUAAGAAAUAUGUGUGCCAUUAUCAUGACCAUUAAGGAUAAUUUUGGUGCUCUUUAAAAUAAUUGAAGCAGCUUAAUGUUUUAUUAUCAGUUUGCUGACUUCUAAUGCUAUCUCAAUGUCAUAAUGAUAACAAAAAAGUUUUCAAUUCUAAUUGUGGUUUCAUGAAUCACAUCAUAUUUAUCUUGGAAAAAUGCCCAAUGCAUGGACUAUUUUAUGGUGGAAUAUACUGUCAAGUACUAUAAAUGUUUAGUCUGGACUAGUAAUCCUUUGCCAGAUUUGUUCAGAUAUCUUCUUUUCCUGCAUCCUUGCCUGUUUGUUCAAGCACAUUAAUAAUUUUUUUGUUUCUACUUUCAGUUCAUAUUGCAACUGAUGGAGCCUGUGAUAGCUAAGGUUAUUACUUUAGUUGUUCUCAUCUUUUUGACACUAUUGUCCAGUGUGUUACCUUAUUUUCUAGUAUUACGGGGUUCACAUUCAUUAGUGUCUGCAAGGAGACGGGACAAGAUUGUAGGAUAUUUAAACUGUUUUGCAGGUGGUGUUUUUCUGGGAACACUGCUACUACACUUACUUACUGAAGGUUCCGAAGAAUUUGAGAACUACAAAAAAUAUGCCAACCUUGAUCUCCAAUUACCCCUAUUCAACAUAUUUGUUGCUGCUGGAUUCUUUUUAGUGGCUUACAUUGAGAUUUUUAUGCGGAACUGUCUCUACACCGAAGUUCCUGUCGUAACAAAUGUGGAGAUUGAUGUACCUGAUGCGUCAGUGGUGUCCAAUGGUUAUCCUCGGCGAGACUAUGGUUCUCUCAGGACAUCCCCACCUGUUACAGAACAUCAGGAGCAUCAUCAUGGAGAUCAUCAACAUUCUGAAGAUGUCACCCAAAGAUUAAUGAAAUCUGAGCAUCCUAAUCAUCCGGCCAGUGGUACAGUGAAUGCCGGCAGCACUGAACAGGCUUUAAAUGCAAGCCUAGACGCAGACACAAGAGCAGUAUCAACACCUACUGGCAUUAGAGCUUUUCUCCUGCUUGUUGCGUUAUCAUUCCACACAAUAUUUGAUGGUCUCGCCGUGGGGCUACAGCACUCUGCAUCUGGGAUAUGGCAGGUAUUUGCUGCUAUUUCUAUACACAAGACUAUCAUCGCUUUCUGCCUGGGGCUCGAAAUAUUUAAAAGUGAACCCAACAGACCUGUCCGUGCAUUCCUUUGGCUGUGUUUCUUCUCCCUUAUGUCUCCAAUGGGGAUUGGUCUUGGUAUUUUCCUAACUGCAGGAGGUGUCAAUGAUGGUGCAAGAUUGCUGUCAUCCAGUAUACUUCAAGGACUGGCUUCGGGAACCUUCUUGUAUGUGACUUUCCUGGAGCUAUUGUGUGUUUAUAUUGGACACAACAGCAAAGGAGAGUUCCUCUCUCUAUUCUUUUCAAUGACUGGAUUUGUUUUGAUGACAUUGGUGAAGUUGUUAGAUCAUGACUGACUGUGAUCCUUAGACAUACAAAGCUUUGCAGUAUUAUUAAUAAUUCAUGUCAUUGUACUUUUAAAAAAAAAAGCAAUUUCUUUUUUUUUAUAAAGAAUUUUUUAAAACAAUUUUUUUCUUUUCUAAGAGUAUGUUCUUCUGCUAGGUCAAAUUGAGUAAUAUAAAAAGCAGUGGUUGUGCCAAUUAAAAAAAAACCUUUAACCUUGGCACCUAUGUUUUAAAAAAUAAUAAGUCAUGAAGAAGUGGAAGGAAAUUUUCAUGUGCUAUAUUUUAAAGUUUUUUCUUUAUAAUAUUAUAAUCGUGUUCAUUAUUUUAUUUAACGAUUGCCAUUUUUUAAAAAUAUGAUUAAGAAAUAAGACUUAUAUAAUAGGAACUUAUAGCUAUAACAGACAUUUUUAAAUUUAAAAGCCCAUUUCAUAUUAUUUUUAUCAUUUCUAUUAGACAUCACUGUAGCAUAAUUAAGAGAAAGUUGAUAACUUUUUAGACCAGAUGUCCCCUUCAUAUAAAUAAGACCAGACAUCUCCAACCUAUGAUGCUGAAAAGCUAUCAUUAAAUGAUCAAAAUUUACAAGUUCAUUCCCUAUGAGACACGUCAGUGAGGGCUACUUUCAAAUACUCUACUAAGUUCAAAUAUGUUAUCAACUUUGUUUAUGUGAAUACUAUUUAUCCCUGACUCAUUUGAAAAAACAUUAUCUACAUACAGACAAGUUGAGCUGAACUCAGUUCACACAUACAGAUAAGUUGAGCUGAACUCAGUUCACACAUACAGAUAAGUUGAGCUGAACUCAGUUCACACAUACAGAUAAGUUGAGCUGAACUCAGUUCACACAUACAGACAAGUUGAGCUGAACUCAGUUCACACAUACAGAUAAGUUGAGCUGAACUCAGUUCACACAUACAGAUAAGUUGAGCUGAACUCAGUUCAGAUGAACGUUAUCAUUUCUAGACUAGAAGUGUACAAUUUCCUAGGCCAUUUUAUCUGUGAAUUCUUCAAAUCUCUAAAUGUAUUUUCAAUCACGACUUUUAAAUGUUAAAUGUAAAAUCUUAUCUGCAAUAAUUAAAUGAUGUCACAUAUGUAUGUAUGGCAUCUUUCCGUCUGCGGGAGACGAUAGAUUAUCUUUAUUGCUUGCAGCUCUUGGUGUGGCUGGUGAGACCUACAGAAUCAUAUAUUAACAAAAUCUUCAAAAAAUCUCCAAUUAACAUAACAGACAUGUGAAUUACAUAGCUGUUUACUCUGUGAGUGAAUGUAUUGUAUUUUAACCUAUGAGACAAGUCAUUUUAACACACUGUUGGAUAAAGACUGGAUUUUAAAAAUUCCUUUUAAUUAACAAUUAAUUUGUUUUAUCAGAAAGUAUUUUAGUUCCUUAUUUCUAAUCAAAUUCUAAUUUUUGUUUCAAAGUUCUAUGAACUGAACCAUAGAGGGAUAGUUCUUUUGUGAACUGGUCAAUAUUUGAUUCCUGUAAAUGUAAACUUGUGAAAGUCUAAUUUAGGUGAACUUGUCAAAGUUUGAUUUAUGUGAACUUGUCAAUGUUUGAGUUAUGUGAACUUGUCAAUGUUUGAUUUAUGUAAACUUGACAAUGUUUGAUUUAUGUGAACUGGUCAUUCAAUUGUUUGCGGAUACAUUUAAAAUAGCCAAUUUUUUUCAAAAGACACAGAU